AACACAACGAAUGAUACCCCUCAGGAUCUAGCGCCUCCCGUCUGAUGCUCCUGUGGGAACGAUACUUCACUGUGUGCGGCUUUUAACAUGGAUGACGAUUCAGAUUCGCUGGUAAGAGGACGAUCAAAACGACAGAGACCAGCCAAAGAUAAACGAUUUGCAGCUCUCGAACGGCUGAAACAAGUCAAGGGGGGCACACGGAGUAAAUACGAGCUUAAAGAAGAAGAUCUGGUGUACGACGAGGUCGACGAGAGAGAAUAUUCCCGCAUUGUUCAAGAGAGGCAGGGCGAUGACUGGAUUAUUGACGAUGAUGGAACCGGAUAUGUUGAAGAUGGACGAGAAAUCUUCGACGACGAUUCCGCAGAACCGUCUGAAGGUCGCAGACGUGAUAGUUCCUCUUCUGACAAGAGUAACAAGUUCCGUCCUCCUGGGUCGAAGAAACCUCCUCCAGGCAAGGCUGGUACAAUCAAGGCCAUGUUCAUGUCCGCACAGCCAAAGAAGAAAAAUGAUAAAGAAGUUAGCCUUGCUGAUGACACGCUCCUGGACAACAUCUUGGAAUCCGUGAAUGCUGGUAGUGAAAGCCAGUGUUCAUCACUCAAACCGAAAGCGCUGAAAAGGGCGGCGCCAAGUCCCAGGUCUCCAGUUAACCCAUUUGUGAAAAGACCCAGUCAGAGAUCGUCGUUUAGGGAGAGGGGUACGCCGCGUGUGAUCAGUUACAACACAAAUGAAACCAGCUACACAGCUUUAAAGCCAGCUGCACUGAAGGAAGAGAUAGAGGAUUUCGAUACGGAACCAGACACUGCAGUGUGUAAUACCAUCCCUGAAACCGAAGAGAAUGCUGUUGAUACGUCAAAGUCUUUGGACCUCAAAGACGAUACUUUCGAUUAUGAAAACAUGAGCGAAUUUCCUAUUGAUGACGAUAGCAUGGAUGCAACGACAGAAGUGAACGAUGCAAAAGUGCCUUUGAAUGUGAAAGUUGAACCAGAAGAAGAGAUUCAGGACUGGAUGAGCGAAUCUCAGGAUGAAGUCGUUCCCGAAGCUGUAAAUAUUGACACACUACCCGUUGUUCAAAAUCAAAAGGGAGAGACUGUUGUGGAAUUCUUCUGGCUCGAUGCCUAUGAGGACUACUUCAAGAGGCCCGGAGUCGUGCACUUGUUUGGCAAGGUCAAGGCCCCUGGAACGUCGCAGUACGUGAGCUGCUGCGUCGUCGUGCGGAAUAUUCCGCGGCACAUUUUUCUUUUCCCAAGGCCCUUUCACCUCGAUAAGAAAACAAAUAUGCCUACUGAGGAACCCGUCACCCUAAAGGACGUCUACGAAGAAUUCUCCUCGUUAGCUCAGAAGCAUCAUAUUGAGGAGUUCAGAACAAAGCCUUGUACGAAGAAGUAUGCAUUUGACAAGCCAAAUGUACCACAUGAGGCGGAGUACUUAGAAGUUCUUUAUCCUGCCCACUUUCCAGAGUUACCAGCAGACCUUUCGGGAAAAACAUUUAGCUAUGCUUUUGGCGCAAACACCUCAAGCCUUGAAUCUGUGCUGGUUAAUCAGAGGCUUAUGGGUCCGUCGUGGCUAGAGUUAAAGAAUCCAAGUACACCAAGUGCUCCUGUCAGUUGGUGUACAAUGGAGGUGCAACUUAACAGCCCAAAUGACAUACUCGUUCCAAGUACAUCACAGCCACCACCCCCACUGGUCAUUGCAUCAAUCAGCUUAAGGACACUAACGAACCCGACAACUCACCAAAAUGAAAUAGCUGCUGUUUCAGUGUUAGCACACAGUGCAUUCCCUAUUGACAAGCAAGCACCUUCACCGUUAUACCAGUUACACUUUUGUGCACUGACCAAACCGAGUGAGAUGAUCUUUCCGUUCGACCUGAAGACAGCCCUGUCGAAGUACAAAGGAACCAAGGUUGAAGUCAUGGACUCCGAGAGAUCUCUCAUCGUGUACCUCAUUGGGAGGCUUCACAAGCUAGAUCCUGAUAUAUUAGUGGGUCACGAUAUACAGAACUUCGACCUGGAUGUGCUCAUGCAUCGUAUGACUGCAAACAAGAUUCCCAAUUGGUCCCGUAUUGGGAGGUUAAAACGGAAUGUGCUUGCCAGUGGUAAAGUUGACAAGCACCUGACACCAGGACGUCUCGUUUGUGACAUAAAAGUGUCAGCGAAAGAGCUGAUUCAGAGCAAGAGCUAUGAAUUGACGGAACUGGUGAAGACCCUCCUAAGCCUAACCAGAGUAGAAUUGAGCUCCGAUGAAAUCAAGGGCAUGUACAGCACCUCCACUCAGUUGCUACGGCUUGUGAACAUGACCAUGUUGGAUGCUGACUACAUCUUGCGCCUCAUGAGCGACCUCAACGUCCUUCCUUUGGCUCUGCAGAUUACCAACAUUGCAGGGAACCUCAUGUCGAAAACGCUGCUUGGAGGCCGGUCACAGAGGAAUGAGUAUCUCCUGCUACACGCCUUCAGUAAUCGCAACUACAUAUGUCCUGACAAGACAUUUAAGAAACAAGCAGCCAAGAAUGUGAGAGAAGAAGACGAUGAGCUCCAGGCUUCUGCAACAAAAGGAAAAAAGAAAGGACCCUCUUAUAGCGGAGGACUCGUGCUUGAGCCAAAGAAAGGUUUCUAUGACACAUACAUCCUGCUGAUGGACUUCAACAGUCUGUACCCUUCAAUCAUUCAAGAGUACAACAUUUGCUUCACUACGGUCAGCCUGUGUAAACCUGAUGGUAGUAGGGAUGAUGACUAUGUCCCAGACCUGCCAAGUUCCACUUCGGAGCAAGGUGUACUGCCAUCAGAAAUUCGUAAACUUGUCGAAAGCCGGAGGCAGGUGAAGUCCCUCAUGAAGGCAUCUGACGUCACUCCAGAUCUGCACAUGCAGUAUGACAUCAGGCAGAAAGCUUUGAAAUUGACAGCGAACAGCAUGUACGGCUGUCUUGGGUUUGUCAACUCCCGUUUCUAUGCAAGACCACUGGCAGCUCUAAUCACAAGCAGAGGUAGAGAGAUCCUCAUGCAAACGAAGGAUGUGGUGGAAAAUAUGGGGCUAGAUGUUAUCUAUGGAGACACAGAUUCCAUCAUGAUUAAUACAAAUUGCAGAGAUUUAGCACAGGUCACAAAGCUUGGAAACAAGGUGAAAGCCGAGAUCAACAGGUACUACAAGCAGUUGGAAAUCGACAUCGAUGGCAUUUACAAGUCAAUGCUUUUGUUGAAGAAGAAAAAAUAUGCUGCUCUCAUGAUCUCUGUUUCACCCAAAAAUGUAAUCUCAACUGUGAAACAGCUUAAAGGUCUGGACAUUGUGCGCCGUGACUGGUCUGAGCUCUCAAAAAAGUCUGGGGAAUACGUGAUAGAUGAAAUCCUUUCCGACAAAUCUCGCGAUGACAUCCUUGAGAAUAUUACAUCGUAUCUGGUGGAGCUUACCCGCAAAGUGAAAAGCGACGAGGUGCCCAUUGCUGACUAUGCAGUCACAAAGCAACUAACCAAGAACCCAGAAGACUAUCCUGACAAGAAAAAUUUAAGCCACGUACAAGUAGCACUCCGCUUAAAUUCGAAAGGUGGAAAGAAGCUCAGACAUGGGGACACUGUGACGUACGUUAUCUGUGAGGAUGGGAGCACGUUACCGGCUGUACAACGGGCGUAUCACCUAGAAGAACUCAAAACCAACCAAACUCUGAAAAUAGAUAAGCAGUACUACUUGGCACAACAGAUCCAUCCGGUUGUGUCUCGGAUCUGCAGCCCUAUUGAGGGCAUGGAUGCUGCCAUGAUAGCUGAGCUGCUAGGUCUUGAUGCUUCCCAUUAUCGGCAGUACACGCGGCAACAAGACGACGACGACGUGUCUUAUAGAAUGAGCGAAGUGGGCUCCGUAACCUUGGACCAUUACAACCAGUGCGAAAGGAUAACAUUCCAUUGCCCUGCAGAAGGCUGUUCGGGUAUGGUUACUGUGGAAGAACUGUUUCAAAAAAUGAGUGGAAGCACACAAUUCGUCCUUGCUGAAUGCCCGGAAUGCAAAAUACCACUACAGAACUACCUUGCAGCAUUGUGCAACCAGCUGACAUUAUUUAUACGAUCAACAAUAAAAAAAUACUAUAUGGGCUGGCUGGUGUGCGAGGACACUACUUGUGGUCACAGGACACGUCGCGUCCCAAUGAAGUUUUACCAAGCUUCCCCACUUUGUGCUGCCUGUGAGAGGGCUGUACUUCGGCUGGAGUUCGGAGAUUUCAAGAUGUACCAGCAGCUGAUGUACUUCAAGAAAUUGUUCAGCUUCGAAAGGGGUGUUGCCACACUUCCAGAUGCCGAAAGAAAGUCCCAGCUAGCGACGUGUCCCGAGUACGAGCGAAUAUGCCGGCAUCUACAACAAGUUGUGAUGAAGUUCUUGGCUCGGAACGGAUACAAUAUAAUCGACAUCGGUCGUGUCUUCUCCGGAUUGUACCAAUCGAUGGAGACGCCUAAUCCGUCUACAUCGUCUUCAUAGUUUUUUCCAGUUUUGCGAAUAGUACAAUGUCUGCAUACGUUUUGAUACAGUUUUUAAUGUGCUGGUUUCCCACUCGCCACUUUUGUGGCCAAUGGUUCUUGUAUUCACUCUUUACAUGUCUUUUUUACUUGCACAUCUUUUGUAAAGUUUUGUAGUGAAAUUGUAUAAAGCACGUAACGGAAAGUA